AUGGCUGUUGUGAACAUCUGGUUCAACAGUGGUUCUUCCCUGGUGGCACUGGGUACACUUGUCGGAGGUGUUCCCUCAGCAACCAUCUCCAACAUCUCUUCCUCUGAGCUUCUGUCUGUGUCCAAGAACCCAACAUUUAUCAGCAACAUCAAGUCAGCACCAGAGGUUGUGCAAGAGACAUAUGUCCAGAAGAUUGUUUCUGUAGACAAAACUAAAGUGGUGGAGAAUGUUCCGGAUGCAUUAGCGGUGCACAUACCACCUGUGCUGCUGACGUCGUCAGCCACUGUUGAUGUAUCACUCAUCAACAAGAAGAGUUGGAGCCAAGAACAGGCUGUGGUGUUGUUCGAAACAGUGGCCAGUCACAGCAACAAUACAGAAGAGCUGUCAGUGUCAAUGCUGCAGGGAUUCACCUGCACAUCUGUUCAGACUUUGUCACAGCUGAAGGUCAAACAACUGGUGAGAGCCUGCAGACCACGAACAGACAGGAACAAGGUUGUCCUGCAAGAGUCUCAGCUGACCUGCAUGUACAACUACGUGAAAGACGAUUCAUCCUUGAGCUUUAGUGAUUUCCCUGCUGACAUGCUUCUCUACUACAGGUAUGAGGAGGUCCAGAAGGUGAACUGCAGGUCGUACUUCAGUGCUUUGGGUGGAGCAGAUUUCUCAGUUCUUUCCAGUGUCCUCAACAGACAGUCCAUCUUGUUUCAGAAUGCACAGAACUGCCUGAGUAUAUCUAGUGCAGGUCUGACCAAAGAUCAAGUGGAGGUUCUGGGUAAUAUGGCCUGCACACUGGACGCCCCCUACAUCAAGAACUCUCACCCACUCAUCCUGGAGAAGCUGAAGAACUGUGGAGAUCUUUCUGACUCACAGGCCGCUGCCGUCCAGGAUCUGCUCCUCACCGGCAACACUCCUUAUGGUAAUCCCUCAACAUGGAAUCAGGAGACCCUGGAAAAGUUGGGCAUCCUGCCCCUUUACUUCAACCAUGUUUUCUGGGGAAAAUUAUAUUCUACUGUUAAGAAGGAAUUUCAAAAGACAUUCAAUCCAUUCAUUAGAGGGCAGAAGAUAAAGAUGUACAAGCAGAAGAGAUUCUUUACAGAGUGCAACUUCAACUCCAGAAGCAAGCGUGGAGCAGAACUGUGCACUGUCGGCAACAUCACAGCAACAGAAAUCGCAAAUCCCGGAUUUCCUGCUACCUAUGAUGCCACCCAGUUGGAUAUGUGCCUGGACAUCACUGUCCUGAAUGACAACCUGGGAGCCGUCACUGAGAAAGUUGUGGACACCAACAUGCAGAUUGUCAUUCUGAACAAAUUAAACCAGUUCUACCCAUCAGGCCUUCCAGAAAAUGUAUUGCAUCUACUAGGCCCUACAUCUCGUGUGGCCAGUGUUAGUGACAUCAGCAAGUGGAACAUCACCACAAUCGACACGCUAUCCUCUCUGAUGAACUCAACUAAUGGAGACUGGAACACAACCCAGAGUGCUGCAGUGAUUAUGAAGUAUCUGAACAUGUCUAGAAACACUCUGAGAACUGCUGAACUAAAUGCAAUUGGCUCCUACCUCUGUUCUUUGGACGUCAGUGUCCUCAAAACCAUCACUGCUGACAGCCUAAUGAAUGCGAAAGCUUUGACUGUAUCCUCCUGCUCUUUUGAUCAGAAAUCAGCUCUGUACUUCAUUGCCAACAUAUCAUUCAGCACCCAACGCAGCAAUCCUGCAACAUACUACCAGUUCAUCCGCCCUUACCUGGGUGGAGCUCCUUUAGAAGAUAUACAAGCUCUUUCUACUCAGAACAUAAGCAUGGAGAUCCCCACCUUCAUCAGUCUGAACCUUGCUGUUGUUAAGGCCUUGAGUGUGAGUACAGUGCGUGAUCUACUGGGAGUGAACACUAUCUAUCUGAAGGACUAUGAGAACUCCUCUGUGAUUCAGGCCUGGGAGGCUAACCAGAAACAGUCUGAUUUAAAUACUCUGAACCUUAACCUUGUCAACACCACCAUUGCCAGUGUCAGCACUGCGACAGUCAAUACCACAACUGGUCAUGUUGACAAUACCACCAGUGCCACCACUGCAAGCUUUAACACCACUGUUACACCCACUCCCAGUGUCAACACCACCAUUGUCAGUGUCAGCACUGCGACAGUCAAUACCACAACUGGUCAUGUUGACAAUACCACCAGUGCCACCACUGCAACCCUCAACACCACUGCCACACCCACUUCCAGUGUCAACACCAUCACUGCCAUUGCUAAUGUUAGCACUGCAUCUGUCAAUACCACAAUUGGCCAUGUCGACAACAACACCAUCAGUGCCACCACUGCAAGCCUUAACACCACUGUUACACCCACUCCCAGUGUCAACACCACCAUUGCCAGUGUCAGCACUGCGACAGUCAAUACCACAACUGGUCAUGUUGACAAUACCACCAGUGCCACCACUGCAACCAUCAACACCACUGCCACACCCACUUCCAGUGUCAACACCACCAUUGCCAUUGUUAAUGUUAGCAAUGCCACUGUCAAUACCACUACUGGCCAUGUCGACAACACCACCACCAGUGCCACCACUGCAAACCUCAACACCACUGCCACACCCACUUCCAGUGUCAACACCACCACUGCCAUUGCUAAUGUUAGCACUGCGUCUGUCAAUACCACAAUUGGCCAUGUCGACAACAACACCAUCAGUGCCACCACUGCAAGCCUUAACACCACUGUUACACCCACUCCCAGUGUCAACACCACCAUUGCCAGUGUCAGCACUGCGACAGUCAAUACCACAACUGGUCAUGUUGACAAUACCACCAGUGCCACCACUGCAAUCCUCAACACCACUGCCACACCCACUUCCAGUGUCAACACCACCAUUGCCAUUGUUAAUGUUAGCACUGCAUCUGUCAAUACCACUACUGGCCAUGUCGACAACACCACCACCAGUGCCACCACUGCAAUCCUCAACACCACUGCCACACCCACUUCCAGUGUCAACACCACCACUGCCAUUGCUAAUGUUAGCACUGCGUCUGUCAAUACCACAAUUGGCCAUGUCGACAACAACACCAUCAGUGCCACCACUGCAAGCCUUAACACCACUGUUACACCCACUCCCAGUGUCAACACCACCAUUGCCAGUGUCAGCACUGCGACAGUCAAUACCACAACUGGUCAUGUUGACAAUACCACCAGUGCCACCACUGCAAUCCUCAACACCACUGCCACACCCACUUCCAGUGUCAACACCACCAUUGCCAUUGUUAAUGUUAGCACUGCAUCUGUCAAUACCACUACUGGCCAUGUCGACAACAACACCAUCAGUGCCACCACUGCAAGCCUUAACACCACUGUUACACCCACUCCCAGUGUCAACACCACCAUUGCCAGUGUCAACACUGCGACAGUCAAUACCACAACUGGUCAUGUUGACAAUACCACCAGUGCCACCACUGCAAACCUCAACACCACUGCCACACCCACUUCCAGUGUCAACACCACCAUUGUUAAUGUUAGCAAUGCCACUGUCAAUACCACUACUGGCCAUGUCGACAACACCACCACCAGUGCCACCACUGCAAACCUCAACACCACUGCCACACCCACUCCCAGUGUCAACACCACCAUUGCCAGUGUCAGCACUGCGACAGUCAAUACCACAACUGGUCAUGUUGAUAAUACCACCAGUGCCACCACUGCAACCCUCAACACCACUGCCACAGCCACUUCCAGUGUCAACACCACCAUUGCCAUUGUUAAUGUUAGCACUGCAUCUGUCAAUACCACAAUUGGCCAUGUCGACAACAACACCAUCAGUGCCACCACUGCAAACCUCAACACCACUGUUACACCCACUCCCAGUGUCAACACCACCAUUGCCAGUGUCAGCACUGCGUCUGUCAAUACCACCAUUGGUCAUGUUGACAAUACCACCAGUGCCACCACUGCAACCAUCAACACCACUGCCACACCCACUUCCAGUGUCAACACCACCAUUGCCAUUGUUAAUGUUAGCACUGCGUCUGUCAAUACCACUACUGGCCAUGUCGAAAACAACACCAUCAGUGCCACCACUGCAAGCCUUAACACCACUGUUACACCCACUCCCAGUGUCAACAUCACCAUUGCCAGUGUCAGCACUGCGACAGUCAAUACCACAACUGGUCAUGUUGACAAUACCACCAGUGCCACCACUGCAACCCUCAACACCACUGCCACACCCACUUCCAGUGUCAACACCACCAUUGCCAUUGUUAAUGUUAGCACUGCAUCUGUCAAUACCACUACUGGCCAUGUCGACAACACCACCACCAGUGCCACCACUGCAAACCUCAACACCACUGUUACACCCACUCCCAGUGUCAACACCACCAUUGCCAGUGUCAGCACUGCGACAGUCAAUACCACAACUGGUCAUGUUGACAAUACCACCAGUGCCACCACUGCAACCAUCAACAACACUGCCACACCCACUCCCAGUGUCAACACCACCAUUGCCAUUGUUAAUGUUAGCACUGCGUCUGUCAAUACCACAAUUGGCCAUGUCGACAACAACACCAUCAGUGCCACCACUGCAAACCUCAACACCACUGUUACACCCACUCCCAGUGUCAACACCACCAUUGCCAGUGUCAGCACUGCAACAGUCAAUACCACAACUGGUCAUGUUGACAAUACCACCAGUGCCACCACUGCAACCCUCAACACCACUGCCACACCCACUUCCGGUGUCAACCCCACCAUUGCCAUUGUUAAUGUUAGCACUGCAUCUGUCAAUACCACUACUGGCCAUGUCGACAACACCACCAGUGCCACCACUGCAAACCUCAACACCACUGCCACACCCACUUCCAGUGUCAACACCACCAUUGCCUUUGCUAAUGUUAGCACUGCAUCUGUCAAUACCACAGUUGGCCAUGUCGACAACAGCACCAUCAGUGCCACCACUGCAAGCCUUAACACCACUGUUACACCCACUCCCAGUGUCAACACCACCAUUGUCAGUGUCAGCACUGCGACAGUCAAUACCACCAUUGUUCAUGUUGACAAUACCACCAGUGCCACCACUGCAACCCUCAACACCACUGCCACACCCACUUCCAGUGUCAACACCACCAUUGCCAUUGUUAAUGUUAGCACUGCCACUGUCAAUACCACUACUGGCCAUGUCGACAACACCACCACCAGUGCCACCACUGCAAACCUCAACAACGCUGUUACACCCACUCCCAGUGUCAACACCACCAUUGCCAUUGUCAGCACUGCAACAGUCAAUACCACAACUGGUCAUGUUGACAAUACCACCAGUGCCACCACUGCAACCCUCAACACCACUGCCACACCCACUUCCAGUGUCAACACCACCAUUGCCAUUGUUAAUGUUAGCACUGCGACAGUCAAUACCACAAUUGGCCAUGUCAACAACAACACCAUCAGUGCCACCACUGCAAACCUCAACACCACUGUUACACCCACUCCCAGUGUCAACACCACCAUUACCUUUGCUAGUGUCAGCACUGCGUCUGUCAAAACCACAACUGGCCAUGUCGACAACACCACCACCAGUGCCACCACUGCAAACCUCAACACCACUGCCACACCCACUUCCAGUGUCAACACCACCACUGCCAUUGCUAAUGUUAGCACUGCGUCUGUCAAUACCACAAUUGGCCAUGUCGACAACAAGACCAUCAGUGCCACCACUGCAAGCCUUAACACCACUGUUACACACACUCCCAGUGUCAACACCACCAUUGCCAGUGUCAGCACUGCGACAGUCAAUACCACAACUGGUCAUGUUGACAAUACCACCAGUGCCACCACUGCAAUCCUCAACACCACUGCCACACCCACUUCCAGUGUCAACACCACCAUUGCCAUUGUUAAUGUUAGCACUGCAUCUGUCAAUACCACUACUGGCCAUGUCGACAACAACACCAUCAGUGCCACCACUGCAAGCCUUAACACCACUGUUACACCCACUCCCAGUGUCAACACCACCAUUGCCAGUGUCAACACUGCGACAGUCAAUACCACAACUGGUCAUGUUGACAAUACCACCAGUGCCACCACUGCAAACCUCAACACCACUGCCACACCCACUUCCAGUGACAACACAACAAUCACCUUUGCAAGUGUCAACACUGCCACUGUCAAUAACACAAAUGGCUAUAUCGACAACACCACCAUCAGUGCCACCACUGCAAGCCUCAACACCACUGUCACACCCAAUGCCAGAGUCAACACCAGCACUAAUGACAAGACCAUUAUCAGCACCACAAAUGGGACUCUCAACACUACACUACCAGGGAAAAUUACGUCUGCUCCCACUGAUGCACCUACCACUGGAAUUUCCACCAUCAGAACUAACAGUGCCACAGCAGCCAGCAGUGCCACUACCAGCCCUAGUUUCAGCACUGGUGCAAUUACCAUCAUCACCACCACUGCUGGAAUCACCUCCUCUGCCAGUAGCACCAGUAUCAUGGCCACAACUACCACUAUCAUAGCACCACAGAUCAUUUGUCAAGGUGUAAAUAGUUAUACACUUGAGAAUCAGCUUUCGUCUGGAAGUGUAUCUGCUGUUCUCUGCAACUUCAACAUCUCUGAAUAUGCCUGUUCAUCUUCCUCUAAGGUUGCUGCUCUGUCCUCUGAUGAUCUCUUCAAACUACUGACUUGCAAACUGCCAAGCAACGUGGUCUACUCUAAAGACAUUUGGGUGCUUUUCCUCCAAAAGUUUGCAGCACCUCUCCCGGCAGCUCUGGAUAAGUACUCCAGCGUGACCCCCAGCAUCACUCUGCCUGACACAUCUUUUCUUAAUGCCAUCGGAGACGUGAUAGUCAGCAGCUUCAGUACUGCACAGCUAAGGGAUGCCGUUUUCAUCACCCAGUGGUUCCAGAUUCGGCUCAAACCAUUUUUAUCAUCAGUGCCUGCAAACUUCCUUUCCAUUCUCAGUUCCAGGACCUUCAGCUGUGAGACCUACCAAGUUGUGUAA